AGUUUGACACCUAUAAAUUCUAUCAAAUCGUCAUAUUUGGACAAAAUUGUGACAAAAUAUCCCAUGUUUACCAGCACUUUCGAUUUGUAUCAAAGUCUAAACCAGAAUAAUGAAGAUUUCACCAGCUGUAUACUGUGAUAUUUAUAUUUGAUAUAACAUUUUAGCGAAUUUUACUUUAGUUUUUCCUUAUAAAGAAUUAGCAACUUUCGAUAUGUUUAGGACAUUGUUCACGAAGUUUCUAUCAGAUUCUAGUGAAUGAUAUAAAAUGUGAUAAGAAUUAUGAGGGAUGACAAAAUGGGUUCUCAAACAUUGGAAAUUCUUAGGCAAGGUGUAUGGGCAUCUCUGACUGGUGGUUGGUUUUAUGACCCUCAUCAAGAUAUUUUUUGUAACACAUUUCAUCUUUACAUUUGGCUUUUCCUCCUAUGUUUUCCUUUCACCAUAUAUGUGUAUUUUCCACCAAAAACGCUAAUAUGGUAUUUGUACUGUAUAAUAGUAGCAGGAUUGGUAGCUGUUAUCAAAAUCUUAAAUUAUGCAUUACAUCGAAUGUAUGACACCACUGAAUGCAUCAAGGAGGAAACUGAGGAUGAGCUAGAUGCCCAAAAAAGGGAAGAAGAGGGUAUUGAAUUGCAAGUUCUAUCCAAUAAAUCUGUAGAGGAAAACUUGAAUACCACCAAACCUCAGAAUACCUUGCUGUCGUAUGUUGAGGCUGCUGGUGUUCAAAGUACCGAUGCAGACAGCAUGGAGUCCAUUGAGCUGUUGCAUCUUGACGCUGGUGAUAAUGAGAAACUGCCCGGAACUAUUGACUUAAAAGCAGAAGUCCAUCGCAAGAACUCAUCAGAGAGCAGUGAAGAUCAAAUUUAUUUAGCCGCAUUAACAGCGGAAACCAUGGCUUUGAAGAAACAAAGCAACAAGGGAAACAAAAGAAACCAUCAAAGAUCGAAAACAGACAGUUACGUCAAUAUUUAUGUGAAACACGAAAGACCAUCGUCUUUCAAAAAACAACCUUCAGAGGAAGAGGGUGAUGAAUCAUUAGAAACCGCCGAGGGCUCGUAUUCACAGAAAACUUUUGUGAAUAUCGAGUCCGAGGCUGGUCCAUCGCGUUCGGAUUGUCGUAGGAGGCACUCUAAUUUCACCAAUAGUACCUUGAAUAUACACCCUUCGAUAGCACAAGAAAUCAAAGCAACAGGGUCUUUCGAAUUAGGUUUUAUUGACAAGAAUCAGAACCAGGAUAUGCCGUCUGAUGGGUUCUAUUUCCAGCCUCACAGUAGUAUCGGAGUUAGAAGGAUACGAUCCACUGCCCUUGAAACCUCAUGUCCAGCCCCAUCUUUAACCGUACAUCCGAACAGCUUGGAGAUCAUUGGUUGUAAGAGCCGAAACCCUUUACCGCCUCCAAGUACGACCCUGGUGAGAAACCAGCACCUAAACCUAUGUCCCUAUUACGGUUCCGAGAUCGUAUACCCCAUCGCCGAACAAUCGGACGAACACCAAACCUCCCAGGGCCCCGACUCCGACCAGGACUCUGUGGCUCGCAACUCCGACUCCGACUACGAAGAAUGCGGCAGAGACAGAUCUCCGUACUUGUACGUCAAGUUGGGCAAAUUAAAAAAACCGGUCCCCUGCAAAAUACGAUACCAGCAGUCGGACGACAGAGAGGACGAGAACGAGGCGGCCAGCGCCAACUCCAAAGACAUGCUCCUGAGCGAGGAACCCUCAGUCGUGGAGGUCCAGGUGGACGACCAAAUGAACAACAUCGAGUGUAUCAUCGUUUCCAGCGGGGAUCCGGUCGACAAGAGGUCCAGCGAUUCGGCCAGUAACACUAGUUUGGAGUGUAGGGAGAUAGUGGUGCAGAAGCCGUCCAAGUCUAAGACGAAAUCUAGUCACAGGAGUUUGGGUAAGGACGCCGAGGACGCGGGCUACGAAUGUAGGCACCAGACGAAGAAGAAGAAGAAGAGGAGCGAGGGUCAGUCGCAUUUUUACGACACUGAGGGUGCCGAGGUGACUGUUGAGGCUUCCGGUUUGAAUCCUCUCGACGAAUCUGGCAACUCUGGAGGAGGAAAUCGUUCCAGUCUAGUCAAAUUGGAUUUGGAUUGGUUGUUCGGGGAAGAGACCGAGAAUCAAGAGAGCGCCAAAACAGACGGUUGGGCCAAUUCCUCCGCUGUGUCCCUGGAGCAAGACGUGAGCAAACUUCUGCAGGAGACCGUGUUAUCGACGAGGAGUCUGGGCGCCAUCCCGAAGAAAUCGAGAGGUCUUCAGUCCUCCCAAUCGGGCGAUAACUCGGGCAGGAAGACGCCCAAAAGCGAGUCCGAUAAAUGCAGCAAGUGCAGGUCCAAGAUGGACGUCGAGGCGGGUCCCUCUUGUUCGCGGGAGAGGGGGCGGCAUUCGAGGUCGCGUGACCCGCGACCUGACAGCGUGGAGAGGGUGGAAUGUUACGUGCUUCCCGCGACCGGGCUUAGAACUAUAAAUUUUGUGCCUAGGAGAGAAAAUAGACAAUUAAGAUCGAGUUUUGAAGAUUCUUCAUCUAGUACAUCCAGAAUAAACGAAUUGAGCACCCUAUUGCCUUCAACGCCCCUACUGUCCGCAUUUCUCGCGUCUCGCAGGGACAUACCUCUGGCUCUCUGUCUACCCACCGAAAAAUUGAGGUUAGAACACGCACCUCAGGCGCUCAAAAGACGACGAAUGAGCAAGAGCAGAGGAUCCAGGGCCAGACGAGGUCCGCACGAGAGAAGACGCGGCAGUCAGGGUACCACACAACAAGGCGUAGAUGUAGUAGAUGAAGCGGAAAUACAUAACGCCCCAAACGACAGCAGUUUGGAGAAGACGCCGAGAAGGUGUUGCGACGGUCAAUCGUCGGCUAUGCCUUUGGAGUUGUGGGAGAGCAGCAACGAGGAUAAGAGCGCGAUUAGGGAGAUGAGCCCUAAGACCCCCAUCAACCUGGAGGAGGUCCAGAGGAGGCACAACCAAAGGACGCAAUUCGUCAACUGUUUAUCGGACUCGCUCAGGCGUCGCAUCCUGACCGAAUCGAACUCCGACACCAUCAUAAUAAACACGUCGACGUUCCUAAACGAGGAGAAUUUCCACACGCCGGUACCGACCUUCAAGUUCAUACGCGACGACGUCACUUACCCCAAAGUGAAGAGUUACUAUAAGUUUAGACUGUUGCCGAAACUGUUUGUCAAAGUGACGUUUGACAGGUUGAAGUUACUGGCGCUGCUGGAUCGGAACUUGACGUUGUCAGAGACUUUCAUAUCAAUAACUUUGUCGGUGCUUGUCGCGUUGUUGGGAGCCUUACUUUUGUAUCUAGAUUUUUACAAGGAUAUACCGGCGUUUAUCUUUUGUUUCGUUAUGGCGAGUUGCCAGUACUCCUUGUUGAAGAGUGUGCAACCGGACGCGGCGUCUCCGAUGCACGGUUUCAACCGUAUCAUAUCCUAUUCGCGCCCCAUUUAUUUUUGUAUGUGUUCUAUCUUGGUUUUGUCCCUCCAUUAUUAUUUGAGUUCCAUCGGCGAUAUCCCGCGGAAGACUGAGGCGAUUUUAGUUUUCAGCAAGGAUUUUUUAGCGACGUUCAUCCUGUUCUUCCCCCUCUGGUUCUCGCUGGGUUUGUUCCCCCAGAUCGACACUUUCGUCAUGUACUUCCUGGAACAGAUUGACAUGCACGUAUUCGGCGGUAACGCCAUGUCUAGUCUUCUCGGUUCCUUGUACUGUAUUUUUCGUUCCGUCGUUGUUGUUCUUAUGUUAGUUGGACCUGCGUACGGGGGACUCAGCGAAAAAAAAGGGUCGCAACACGCGUCGUACUCCAUUUUUUGCGCUGUCAUCGUGGCGACCUCUUACCAUCUGAGCCGAUGUACCAGCGACCCGUCCAACGUGUGGAACAUAGUGAAGAAGCAUCUGUGGCCGCCCGAUAUCUAUCGGGAACACUCCAAAUACCCCGAGUCGGAGAAGAAGGACGUUCGGGAAGACGACAACAAGGAUGGGACCAAGGAAACGUCCGAAAGAUCGCUGGAGAAAACAGAGGAGGUCAGCGAACACGUGGAUCCGUUGCCCAAAAAAUUGCAGAAGACCGUUAACGGUCGUUUGAAGAACGACAUCAUCAUCUGUAGUCUGAUCUCGAUUUUCGUGUUCGGGAUACAUUCCAGCACUGUGUUCACGGUUCUGCAGCCGGAGUUGAGUCCGGUGCUGUGGUCGGUCUCGGCGGGCAUGGGACUCGUCUUGCACUACAUCAUACCGCAACUGAGGAAACAGCUGCCUUGGACCUGCAUUGCUCGCCCUGUGUUACGCAGCUUCGAGUAUGGUUUAUACGAGAUCAAGGGUCCUUCCAGGAUAAUGUGGUUUGAAAGGAUUUACGUGUACUUAUGCUUCAUCGAAAGGAACAUCAUCUAUCCUUUAUUGUUCGUGACGGCUCUGACGGAAGAUGGACCUAAGAUCGAAGCCGAGACUGGGCCUUUAUUGGCGUCUUUCAUCGUGACCAUCUGCGGUUUGAAAUGCCUCCGUAGUAGCUACUCGAAUCAGAACAUUCAGUAUCUUGUGGUCAUUUUCACGGCGCUGGCGUUUAAGUAUGACUACAAGGAGUAUCUGAGUAAUUUUCUGGUCACUUAUUUCUUCAUGGGCAUCGUCUAUCAUAAGAUUCACGAAUUACUGCUUAAGGUACAAUUUGUGGUGACGUACAUAGCGCCUUGGCAAAUAACUUGGGGAUCAGCGUUUCACGCAUUCGCCCAGCCGUUUUCCGUCCCUCAUUCAGCCAUGCUCUUCCUGCAAGCCAUCAUCUCAGCCGUACUGUCCACGCCUCUGAAUCCGUUCUUGGGCAGCGCAAUCUUCCUAACCUCCUACGUCCGUCCGAUCAAAUUCUGGGAAAGGAAUUACAACACGCGCAGAGUCGAUCAUUCCAACACCCCCCUGUCCUCCCAUCUAGAGAGGAAUUUGGGCGCUGACGACAAUAACUUAAACUCCAUAUUUUACGAGCACCUCACGAGAAGUUUACAGCAUUCCUUGUGCGGCGAUUUGGCUCUAGGCAGAUGGGGUCUGGUUAAUCAGGGGGAUUGUUUCGUGUUAGCCAGCGAUUAUUUAAAUUGUCUCGUGCAUAUUAUCGAGGUUGGGAACGGACUUGUAACGUUUCAAGUGAGAGGAUUGGAGUUUAGGGGUACUUAUUGUCAACAGAGAGAAGUUGAGGCCAUCACUGAAGGUGUGGAGGAAAAUGAUGGUUGUUGUUGCUGUGAUACCGGUCAUUUGCCAAAUAUGUUAAGUGUAAACGCCGCUUUCAGUCAACGUUGGUUGGCUUGGGAAGUGACCGCUGCAAAAUACGUCUUAGAAGGUUAUAGUAUAUCAGAUAAUAGUGCCAUUUCUAUGUUCCAAGUUUUCGAGUUCCGCAGAGUGCUAGUUUCGUAUUACGUCAAGAGCAUAAUUUAUUACACCGUCAGAUCCGCCAAGUUGGAGGACUGGUUGAAUUCGCAGGCCAUAAUGGACAGUCUGCAACCUAUGCAGGAUAAGCAGUUCGUUGAUCUGGACCCGGUGUUCAAUUUCAACAUCGACGAGGAUUUUGACAUCAACAAGAGCGGCAUGACGAAACCGUGGUUCCUUGCGGCACACGGUGAAUGGAUAAGAUUUUGCGUCGAGAAAUUCGGUAAAAAAGUGGACUCGAGCAGGGAUUCCGCCUUAGUCCUACUCUGCUUUGCCUUGAGUUUACUUGGGCGUAGAACGCUGGGCGCGGUCUCGCACAACACGCAGUCCAGCGUGGAGUUCUUCCUCUACGGUCUGCACGCCCUGUUCAAGGGCGAUUUCAGGAUCACCUGCUCCAGGGACGAGUGGGUGUUCAACGACAUCGACCUGCUCAAGACCGUCGUGGCUCCCGGCAUCAGGAUGUCGCUGAAGCUCCAUCAGGACCAUUUCAUGUCGCCCGACGAGUACGAGGAGCCGCCGGCGCUCUUCGAGGCCAUCACCAAGCAUCAGGAGGAGCUGGUCAUAUCGCACGAGGGGGAUCCGGCGUGGAGGAACGCCGUUUUGAGCGGGACGCCCAGUUUGCUCGCAUUGAGGCACGUCUUGGAUGACGGCACCGACGAGUACAAGAUCAUCAUGCUGAACAAGAGAUAUCUGAGCUUCCGAGUGAUCAAGAUCAACAGGGAGUGCGUGCGCGGCCUGUGGGCGGGGCAGCAGCAGGAGCUGGUCUACCUGCGCAACCGCAACCCGGAACGCGGCAGCAUACAGAACGCGAAACAGGCGCUGCGCAACAUCAUAAACUCGUCCUGCGACCAGCCGAUCGGUUACCCGAUAUACGUGUCGCCGCUGACGACGAGCUACGCGGACACCAACGACCAGUACUGUUCCCUGGUGGGCGGGUCGGUCACCUUGCAGAAGAUACAGAAUUCGUUGCUCAACCUGUUCAGGAGAAUCCGUAAGAGAUGCGGAGAAGGAUGCUCCAGUGGCGCCUCGACGAGGGACGAAAUAGGUAUGGGUAACGAGGGUAUGUACGCAAUGACACCCGUGACCACUUUGGGACACCACAACUCGGGAAGUCAGUCUUGUGAGGCCGCUCAUCUGAGCGGCAGCAUCGGCAGGGGGUCUAGUCUUGGCAGGGGAUCUUUAGGUGCCAACAGGGGUAGUCUGGUAUCCAUGGGAAAACCUACCAGUUCCACGCUAGCGAAUCUGGCUGGAAUCUUCAAGGAGAAAGACGAGAGGAGCGUUUCCCAGGCACCAGACGGUCAAGCUCGACCGGACGAAAGGCAGGAAUGCGACAGUCCAGAGAGAGACGCGAUACAAAAAGUGAUGAUUACAGAUCCGAAUUUCGUAUACGACGGGAUCAAUCUGGGACGUAGGAUAGACGUACUGUGGCCGACGGAGUACAUGAGGAUCAGGGGUGGCAGGUCUUAUUGGAACAGUUGGGCUCCCGAGGCUGGCAUGGAGGGUUAUGUCGUCCACAAAUGGACACCAAGUCAUAGAGACCCAAGUCGAAGAUCGCACGUUGACAGGACGAUACUUCUUGUCCAGAUCGAAGACAAGUUCAUUCCGAUAGCCGAGCAGGGCGUGAAGGAGGUUCAGGUGGAUCCCUAGCACAUAUUUCACGCCAAUUCGUGAUCAUCAAAAUGAGGAGAGAAGACUGAUACUUUGAUACAAGUAGGUCAUUUAAAGAUUCAUUAUAAUCAAAACUCUUAACACUAUUUUGUCCAUCGUGUAUAUGCGUGUUUUUACAGAGAAAGAUUCUGGUAUCGAAAUUAUGUUUUGGUAAUCAAUUUGUUCGAUCCUGUAAUGUGGGCUCUCUACUUUAACUGGUUUUCGAAUGUAGAAUUUCUGUGAUUUAUAUAUUUUAUUAGUUUCUCUUCGUGGCAGUUGCUACUUUCAUUUCAUUAGUUCAAUUCUUCUUGUGAAUGGUAUGUUUGAAUUCGUCGUGAAAAAUAUGUACAUAAAUUAUAAAUUUCUUAAAAGAGAACUUAUUGAAACUUGCAAAAUACCUCAUAGUUUUUUCGGCUUGAGAUAACUUAGUAUUUAGCAAGGUAAAGGCUAAAUUGAGAGAAGCAAACGGAUAAUGUUUGCAGGUCCGUUUUCAAUCUACACCAAGUAAAAAUUAAGCAAGUUGCCUUAAGAAUAUAGACUGAUUUUAGGUGGUUUAAGUUGAAACCCGAAUUUUCUUAUUUUUCCCUUUAGCUAAUGAUCUACCCUGUGGGUCGAUUUUUAAAUGUUUUUCCUCUUUUAUAUCAGACAUUUAAACAAAGAUUAUGAAGUCCUAUCCAUGUGAAGUAAUGUACCUAUUUAAAAUUGUGAAACUUGUUAUAGUUAUGUAUGUAGAUAUAUUUUAUAUAUUAGGCGUUUUAAUGUAAAUUAUAGUUGUGUCAAUUUUGGCCUAAGUUAUAAUUGUUGGUGAUUCUUAUGAGAAUGGAAACAAUAAAUUUUUAAUAACUGUU